GCAGGCGGCACGGUGAAAUGGAGUGCCGCGCUUGAGAGCCUGCUGAUUGACAUAUGGAAGGAGAAAAUUGAAGAUUUGCGCGGACCACGCAAAAAUUCACAUGUGUAAAUUAAGUGGUCCGUAUGUCCAAGUAGCCUUAGCUGCUUGAUGCGGUGGUCCUCGUGCGGGUUCCGUGGUAUAGAAUCCUUUAUGAAGAUUAUGUUGGAGAGAUAACUGUCUCUCUUAUCACUGGCCUUGUGGUACAGUGGUAUAGAAUUAAUAAUUCAAAGUGUUUACGGCUGGUUGCCGGAGCAAGGUUUAUUAACAAGCGUUAGCUUUCGUUAUAAGAACAGAACUAAAACUAGGAGCCACCAGCAAGCUGGGGCAUAAGCUGAAUCAAAAGUAUUUAAUUGCCAAAGAAUGCAAAUCUACAAAAUAUAUGUACUUAGAGCUACAAAGCUACAGUCGGUAAGCCGACUUGGCAUAAGCGAUAAUGCUGAUCUUGCGGCAUGUGCAAGAUAUCAGAUUACCGCCGGUUGACCGUCACAUUCAGGGCGCUGAACUGAAGUUCGCUGAUUUGGCAUCUUGAGUGCAAACAACAUGGAGCAGAGCACAUUGGACAACGACAAUCCUGAUGAGUACUUUUCGGAUAUUAUUGAGAUGGACCUGGACGGAUCUUGUAGCUCCAGCACCUUGUCUGGGCGUCCGCCAAAGAAAAAGAAAAAGACCGACAUUUCGUGGCUGGCAGAGAUCGCCCAGGAGCGUCUCGAACAACAAAAGGACCACCACAGAAAGAAGGAGGAGCACGACGUUAGGCAGGAGAAGAUGGUGCAGGACUUGAUCAGCACCCAAACAAAAUUCCAGAACGACUUAUUAGAAGUUUUAAAAAAUAAAAAUAAAUAAGUUUUUAAUUUUCA